GCUCACCACCUUCGUCGUCCCGAGGAAGAGCUCUUUACGACAUGGCUUUUUCCCACACCGGUGUCCUUUUCCUCUUGUUGCUCUCCUUCCUCCUCCUCCUCCUCGGUAAUCCAGCUUCAUCCGACGCCCCUCCGUCGGCCCCCGUCGACCCUUCCACCGCGUGCAACUCGACGCUCGACCCCAAGUUCUGCAAGACCGUCCUCCCGCGCCGAGGCUCCGACAAUCUCUACGACUACGGCCGCUUCUCCCUGGCCAAGUCCCUGUCCAAUGCCGGGCGGUUUCUCAACCUGGUCAACCGCUACCUCGCCGGCCGCUCGACCCUGUCGUCGACCGCCAUCUUGGCCCUCCAGGACUGCCAGCUACUGUCCAGCCUCAACAUCGACUUCCUGACGUCGGCCGGAGCCACGCUGAACUACACCGACAAUCUCCUCGAUCCCCAGGUCGAGAAGGUGCAGACCCUCCUCUCUGCUCUCUUGACCAACCAGCAGACCUGCUCCGACGGUCUGCAAGCCACGGCGUCGGCGUGGUCCGUCAAGAACGGCCUCUCCGUCCCCAUCUCCAACAGCACCAAGCUCUACGGCAUCUCCCUCGCGCUGUUCAAGAAGGCCUGGAUCCCCAAGAAAAAGUACAAGCGCAACGGAGGCCGUGUUCCCUCGAGAGUCCUCCCCCACGGAAGGUCGCUGCUAUUCCACGAAGUCAACGUCGGCCGCAACGGCGAGCUGCCGCUGAGGAUGUCGGCCCCUAAGAGAGGGCUGUUCGAGAGGUGGAGCGGCCGGCGGCUCCUUCAGGCGACCGACACCGUGCAGGUAGACGACAUCGUGCUGGUGAGCCAAGACGGCAGUGGGAACUUCACGACGAUCAGCGACGCCGUGAACUCGGCCCCCAGUGACCUCGACGGGAGCACGGGCUACUACUUGAUAUACGUCGCCGCUGGGGUCUACCAGGAGUACGUCGUCAUCUCCAAGCAUAAGAAGUAUCUGAUGAUGAUCGGCGACGGGAUCAACCAGACGGUGAUCACCGGAAACCACAACGUCGUUGACGGCUGGACUACCUUCAACUCCUCGACGUUCGCCGUCGUCGGACAAGGUUUCGUGGGGAUCAACAUGACCUUCCAAAACACCGCCGGGCCGGCCAAGCACCAGGCGGUCGCGGUCCGAAACGGCGCCGACCUGUCCACCUUCUACAGCUGCAGCUUCGAGGGAUACCAAGACACCCUGUACACCCACUCCAUGAGGCAGUUCUACGGGGAAUGCGACAUCUACGGCACGGUGGACUACAUAUUCGGCAACGCAGCGGUGGUGUUCCAGAGCUGCAACGUCUACUCCCGGCUGCCCCUGCAAGGCCAGACCAACACCAUCACCGCCCAAGGCCGGACCGACCCAAACCAGAACACCGGCACGUCGAUGCAAGACUGCAACUUCCUCGCUGCGGCCGAUCUGGCGGCGGACAACGGGUCGACGAUCACGUACCUCGGCCGACCGUGGAAGCUGUACUCGCGGACGGUGAUCAUGCAGUCGUUCAUGGACUCGUUGAUCGACCCGGCGGGCUGGCUGCCGUGGAACGGCGACUUCGCGCUGGACACGCUGUACUACGCGGAGUACAACAACAGCGGCCCCGGCGCCGGCGUGGCCAACCGCGUCACAUGGCCGGGGUACCAUGUGAUCGGCAGCAGCGACGCCGCCAACUUCACGGUCAGCAGUUUUAUUCUGGGGGAUAACUGGCUGCCUCAGGCCGGCGUGCCCUACGAUGGCGGAUUGCUUUGAUCCAUCCUUCCUGCAUCGGGAUGCUGCUUAGAAUAAUUGACUUGGAGAAGGGAUUCAAUUGUGGAGGCAUCGGGAAACACUUGCACAGUUCCAUCCAUUUCUUUCUUUCUUUCUUUCCUUCCUUCCUACUUUUAGUUGCUCGAAUAAAAGCCAUUCAUUUUUA